GCCUUCCGUCGUCGUGUCUCAAUUCCAUUCACUUCGCGCGUCCCGCAACCUUGUCCGCCCUCCCACCAACGUCAUCAAAACACAUCAAUCAGUCGCCAACAUGGUCGCACCCACAAACCUCGGAUUCCCCCGCAUGGGCGGCAACCGCGAGCUCAAGAAGCUCGUCGAGAACUACUGGAGCGGCAAGCUCGACCAGAAGGCUCUUCUCGCUGGCGCAAAGAACCUCCGUGCCGAACACUGGACCAUCCAGAAGCAAGCUGGCGUGCAAGACGGUCACAUCCCAUCCAAUGACUUCUCAUUCUACGACCAAGUCCUUGACCACCUCCUGCUGUUCAAUGUCAUCCCACAAAAGUACCAGGGGCUUCAGUUCCCUCUGGAGGCGUACUUUGCCAUGGGUCGUGGUCUCCAGAAGGAGGGAGUUGAUGUCCCCGCUAUGGAGAUGAAGAAGUGGUUCGACACAAACUACCACUUCAUCGUUCCUGAGUUCACGGAGAACCAGCAAUUCAAGCUCGCCACCCGCAAGCCCAUCGAGGAGUUCCAAGAAGCGAAGGCUCUCGGCAUCAAGACCCGCCCAGUCAUCCUCGGUCCCAUCACCUUCCUUCGCCUCGGCAAGGCCGCCAAGGGCCAGAACUUCGACCCUAUCAGCCUCCUCGACCGUCUCCUCCCUGUCUACGAAGAACUCCUCCGUGAGCUCGCAUCCGCUGGCGCCGAGUGGGUUCAGCUUGACGAGCCCGUGUUGACCUUCGAUCUUCCCGCCGAAUUUAAGGACCUGUACGCGAAGGCUUACAAGAAGCUCUCCGGCAUUAACGGCAUCAAGCUCCUGGUCGCCAACUACUUUGGUCGUCUCGGAGACAACCUCGAGAUCGUCGCCGAUCUCCCCAUCAACGCUCUUCACGUCGACCUUGUCCGCGCUCCUGAGGAGCUCGACGCUGUUCUGAAGGUCGCCCAAGACAAGGACUUCAUCCUUUCCCUUGGUCUCAUCAACGGUCGUAACAUCUGGAAGGCCGACCUGGACGCCGCCAUCGCCACAGCCCACCGCGCCGUCGGCCUUCUGGGCUCCGACCGUGUCCUUGUCGCUCCCAGUUGCAGCAUGCUCCACACCCCUCACUCCCUCGAGGCUGAGGUCAAGAUGGACAAGCAGAUCCUUGACUGGUUGUCCUUCUCCGUUGAGAAGCUCCACGAGCUCGUCGUCGUUGCCAAGGCCGUCGACAACGGAGAGGACUCCGUCAAGGCCGCCCUCGACGCUAACCGCAAGAGCAUGAACGCUCGUCGUACUUCCCCUCUCAUCCACGACAAGGUUGUCCAGGGUGAGAUGAAGGCUGUAACCGAGGACAUGUUCAAGCGUCAGUCUCCCUUCCCUACCCGUGCCGCCGCUCAGCAAGCGAAGCUGAACCUUCCCUCCUUCCCUACCACCACCGUCGGAUCCUUCCCCCAGACCAAGGAGGUCCGCGUUGCCCGCCAAAAGCUGAAGAAGGGCGAGUGGACCGUCGAGGAGUACGACAAAUUCAUCAAGGAGGAGACCAUCAAGUGCAUCCGCUUCCAGGAGAGCGUUGGUCUCGAUGUGCUCGUCCACGGCGAGUUCGAGCGUAACGACAUGGUCGAGUACUUCGGCGAGAACCUCAAGGGUUACGUCUUCUCUCAAAACGGCUGGGUCCAGUCCUACGGAUCCCGCUGCGUGAAGCCCCCAAUCAUCUACGGUGACGUCUCCCGCCCCAACCCCAUGACCGUCUACUGGUCCACCUUCGCCCAGGAGCAGACCAAGAAGGCCAUGAAGGGCAUGUUGACCGGUCCCGUCACCAUGCUGCAAUGGUCGUUCGUCCGUGACGAUCAGCCCCGUCGCGACACCGCCUUCCAGCUCGCCCUCGCCAUUCGCAAGGAAGUCCAGGACCUCGAGAAGGCCGGUAUCCCCGUCAUCCAGAUCGACGAGCCCGCCAUCCGUGAAGGUCUCCCCCUCCGUCGCUCCGACUGGGCGGCGUAUCUCCACUGGGCCGCCCGCGCGUUCCUCCUCUCCUCCACGGGAGUCAAGGACGACACCCAGAUCCACACGCACAUGUGUUACUCGGACUUCAACGACAUCUUUUCCACUAUCCAGGCCCUCGACGCCGACGCCAUCACCAUCGAGAACUCCAAGUCGGACCUCAAGCUCCUCACCGCUUUCGAGAAAUUCGGCUACACCAACGGUAUCGGACCUGGUCUCUACGACAUUCACUCCCCUCGUGUCCCCUCUGAGGAGGAGAUGCGCGAACGCCUCGCCGAAAUGCUGAAGUACCUCCGCAAGGAGCUCGUCUGGGUCAACCCCGACUGUGGUCUCAAGACCCGUGGAUGGCCCGAGACCGAGCGUGCCUUGUCCAACAUGUGCCGUGUCGCCGAGUCGUUCCGCAAGGCCAAGUAGAACACUUCCGUCUUCUCAAAGGCCCAAUAUAUACCCCUCCUAUAAGGUGUUUCUUCACCUGUGCUAUAUCCCACCUUCCAUAGCUUUCAUGUGCUUUCCGCAUUCACAACUGUAAUUAUUUUGUACCGUCCGAUCUCGUUUUCAUAAACAAA